CUAUAUAUCUCACAGGCUGCUGCUCCUCCUUUUCGCCAGUGGAGUUUCACUACGAGCUUCUGCACCACACAGGGCAGACGGGAACACAAACACAAGCAAAAGCUGGCAGGCUGACAAGUACGAGCAGCUUUACAGGACGGAUUAUCUGGUAACUGACCAUUUAGCUGUGGCACACUCGGACUCCGUGUAAACGUGGAAUUUUGACCAUGAGCUCAGUCGCUGUACUUACGCAAGAAAGCUUUAAUGAGCAUCGCAGUGGCCUUCUGCCGGAGCAGGUCAAAGCUGCUGUGGCAGGCCCUAGUGGUGCUGAAGAUGAGGAUAGCCUUCCCACCUACAAGGAUGCCUUUCCCCCUCUGCCUGAAAAGCCUUUGCCAGAGGGGGUACAGGAGACUGGAAAUGCCUGGACGUCUAAGAUCAAACCUCUCAAGUCCUCAGCAAUUACCCAGGUUUUCCAUGUGCCUCUGGAAGAGCGCAAGUACAAGGACAUUAACCAGUUUGGAGAAGGAGACCAGGCUAAAGUAUGUCUUGAUAUUAUGCACAAGACUGGAGCCCACCUGGAACUCUCCAUGGCUAAAGACCAAGGCCUCUCCAUAAUGGUCUCUGGGAAGCAUGACGCAGUCAUGAAAGCCCGCAAAGAGAUUGUGUCCCGACUGCAGACUCAGGCUUCAGCUACUGUGGCCAUCCCCAAAGAACAUCAUCGCUUUGUCAUCGGCAAGAGUGGGGAGAAGCUGCAGGAGCUCGAGCUGAAGACUGCCACCAAGAUCCAGAUCCCUAGACCUGAAGACCCCAGUAACCUCAUCAAGAUCUCUGGAACCAAGGAAGGCUUGGAGAAGGCCAAGCACGAGAUCCUGCUCAUCUCUGCUGAGCAGGAUAAGCGUGCUGUGGAGAGAAUGAACAUUGAAAAGGUGUAUCACCCCUUCAUCACUGGAGCUUAUAGCAAGCUGGUGGGGGAGUUGAUGCAGGAGACAGGAGCCCGCAUUAAUGUCCCUCCACCAAGUGUGAACAAAACUGAGAUCGUCAUCACUGGGGAGAAAGAGCAGGUGGCCCUGGCCAUGGUUAAGAUCAAGAAGAUUUAUGAGGAGAAGAAGAAGAAUGCCACCACUAUUGCAGUGGAGGUGAAGAAAUCUCAGCACAAGUAUGUAAUUGGGCCUAAGGGUAACACCCUGCAAGAGAUCCUGGACAGGACCGGCGUCUCGGUCGAGAUCCCACCCCUCGACAGCAGCUCAGAGACAGUAAUCCUGCGUGGGGAGCCAGACCGGCUGGGCCAGGCACUCACUGAAGUGUAUGCCAAGGCCAACAGCUACACUGUGUCCUCAGUCUCUGCUCCCUCUUGGCUUCAUCGUUUCAUUAUUGGCAAGAAAGGACAAAAUCUGGCAAAGAUCACGCAGCAAAUGCCCAAGGUGCACAUUGAGUUCACUGAGGGAGAGGACAAGAUCACGCUGGAGGGUCCCACCAAAGAUGUACAGAUAGUACAGGUUCAGAUUGAAGCCGUUGUUACAGAUCUGGUUAGCCGAAUGGACUACACUGAGAUUAGUGUAGACCCCAAGUUCCACCGACACUUAAUUGGGAAAGGUGGCGCAAACAUUAACCGCAUAAAGGAGCACCACAAAGUGUCAGUCCGCAUUCCACCUGACAACGAGAAGAGUAACCUGAUCCGUAUCGAGGGUGACCCCCAGGGAGUGCAGGAGGCCAAGAAGGAGCUGCUGGAGCUAGCGUCACGCAUGGAGAAUGAGCGUACAAAGGACAUGAUCAUUGAACAGCGUUUUCAUCGAGCCAUCAUCGGACAGAAAGGGGAGAAAGUUAAGGAAAUUCGGGAUAAGUUCCCUGAGGUCAUCAUCAACUUCCCUGACCCAACGCAGAAAAGUGACAUUGUACAACUACGUGGACCUCGCACUGAGGUGGAAAAAUGCACAAAGUUUAUGCAGAAAGUGGUGGCUGAAAUGGUUGAGAACAGCUUUUCUGUCUCAGUCCCCAUUUUCAAGCAAUUCCACAAAAACAUAAUUGGCAAAGGAGGAGCAAAUAUAAAGAAGAUCCGUGAAGAGACUAACACUAAGAUUGAUCUGCCUGCGGAAAACAGCAACUCUGAAAUGAUUGUCAUCACAGGAAAGAAGGCAAGCUGUGAGGCAGCAAAAAACAGGAUUCUGGCCAUUCAGAAAGAACUGACUGGAGAAAUGGCUGCUGAAAAUUUAGUUUUGCAGUCACAGGAAAAAAAAGAAAUAUUACAAUUAAAAAAACAAAUGCAAUAAGCAUAAGAGGCUUAUUUCAAAAUGGAGGAGUGUGGUGGCGUGCACAUCCAUUUCCCAACAGAGGGCUCUGGCAUUGAUGCAGUGACGAUCAGAGGCCCCGUGGAGGAGGUAGAGAAAGCUAAGAAACAGCUGCUGUCCCUGGCAGAAGAUAAGCAAACUAAAAACCACACCGUUGAGCUUCGUGCCAAACCUGAAUACCACAAGUUCCUUAUCGGAAAAGGAGGUGGAAAUAUCCGCAAGGUGCGGGACAGCACAGGUGCCAGGAUCAUCUUCCCUACUGCUGAAGAUAAGGAUCAGGAGCUGAUCACAGUCAUCGGUACAGAGGAAGCUGUAGCAGAAGCACAGAAGGAGCUGGAGGCACUUAUUAAGAGCUUGGAUAACAUUGUAGAGGAUUUCAUGAUCGUCGAUCCCAAGCACCAUCGGUUCUUCGUGGCACGGCGUGGCCAAGUCCUGAGGGAGAUCGCUGAUGAGUAUGGUGGCAUUAUAGUCAGUUUCCCCCGAACUGCCUCACAGAGCGAUAAGGUCACCCUAAAGGGAGCCAAAGAGUGUGUGGAGGCAGCGAAGAAACGCAUGCUGGAGUUGAUUGAGGAUUUGGAUGCACAUGUGACCAUGGAGUGUGUGAUCCCUCAGAAGUUCCACCGCUCCAUAAUGGGGCCUAAGGGCUCUCGCAUACAGCAGAUCACUAAAGACCACAAUGUGCAGAUCAAGUUUCCAGACAGAGAGGACCAGCAAGCUCCAUCAGCUGAUGCUCCAGUUCAGGAGAAUGGAGAGGCCAAUGGAGCGGUGAAGGAGCCUGCUGAUCCUUUAGUCCCAAAGAAGUGUGAUGUCAUUGUGCUGUCUGGCCGCAAAGAGAGAUGUGAAGCUGCUGUUGAAUCACUAAAGGCUUUGGUUCCUGUGACCAUUACGGUGGAAGUGCCUUUUGAGCUGCAUCGCUACAUCAUUGGUCAGAAAGGAAGUGGAAUCCGCAAGAUGAUGGAUGAGUUUGAGGUUAAUAUUCAAGUGCCUGCUCAUGAGUUACAGUCUGACAUUAUCUCUGUUACUGGCCUGGCCUCCCAUCUUGACCGUGCUAAAGAGGGACUUCUUGAGCGUGUCAAAGAGCUACAGUCCGAACAGGAGGAUCGGGCUCUCAGGAGCUUCAAACUGACCAUCACUGUGGAUCCCAAGUAUCACCCCAAGAUCAUUGGACGCAAGGGUGCCAUAAUCACCCAAAUCCGCAAUGAGCAUGAGGUCAACAUUCAGUUUCCAGAGAAAAAUGAUGAGAACCAGGAUCAGAUUACCAUUACUGGCUAUGAGCAGAAUGCUGUGGCAGCACGUGAUGCUAUUCAGGCUAUAGUGGAUGAACUGGAGGAGAUGAUCUCUGAGGACAUCACCCUGGACAGCAGAGUCCAUGCUCGUGUCAUAGGGGCACGUGGCAAGGGAAUCCGCAAAAUCAUGGAUGAGUUUAAGGUUGAUGUUCGGUUCCCUCAGAGUGGAGCUGCGAAUCCCAAUUUAGUGACUGUGACUGGCCGUCCAGAACAGGUUGAUGAAGCCAUUGAUCACCUUCUAAACCUGGAGGAGGAAUAUCUGUCUGAUGUAGUUGAAAAUGAAGCCAAAAUGGCCUAUAUGAAGCCUUCUGGUUCCACUGCCUCCAGCAUGGAAGAACCUCGAGGCCCAUCCAAGGGCUUUGUUGUGCGGGAGGCUCCUUGGGCCACUGGCAAUGAAAAGGCCCCCGAUAUGAGCAGUUCUGAGGAAUUCCCCAGUUUUGGUGCACCUGUGACUAAUGCGAGAUCAUCUCCAUGGGGACCCAAACGUUUUUGAAAUGUCUCCUUCAGUGGUUAUGUUGCAACCUCCUGUUUCCCCUUACUAUAAUCCCUCAUUUGGAUGUGGAUGGACCACUUACCAUAACCCCCCCCCAAUCAAAACAGGUGAUAAACAUCGUUAUUAUGGGUGUGGCCUCUACCAGGUACGCCUGAAUUGGUAUGAAAUGAGUCGACCUGUUUGCAUUUUAAGAGAGAAUCACAAAUUGAAGGAAAACAAAAGUAGUCCUGGCCAUGUUUCAGGUCUGUAACAAUCCAGGUUUAAGUGAUUUUUGAUACGACUUCAUUACAAAAACAUUAUUUCAUUACAAAGGUUAUUUCUUGGGUUUAUUAAGCUGCUCUGUCUCAUAGUUGCCUUCGCAGUGGUGUUUGGGGAAAAAUAUACUGUAUACCUCUGAAAGAUGUUGCUUCUGGUUGAAGUCAGAUUUAUUCAUAGGAAAUGGGUAACCAACUGUACGUUUGUCUAGUUCCAUAGGGUAGCCAUUGUGUUGCAGACAUUUCACUUGUCUCUUUCCCCAUUCCUAAUUCCCUAACUUUGGGAAAUGAUUCCAUGCAGCCUUUACAGCUUUCCAUCUUAAAGAGGGACUCUUCACUACAGAAGUAUUUUCAAACUGCCAUUUGCUUUGGAAGUCCCAGGGAUGUAAUCUCUCAUGAAGUGGAAGUCCCAAGGUUCCCAAAGUCUCUAAAACGUACACUAAACUGCUUGUACUUUUUAAUUUUGUUUUUGAUAGUCAGAAAUCAUGUUUAUUAAAGAUUAUAAUAUUUGGAAGGAUGGAAAAAAAGACCAUUUUGUGCCAAUGAAAUGUCAAGUAAUGUCAUGUGUUACUCAUUCUUGCUAAUGGGUCCGUGUCCAGCCCUUUUUUGUCUUCCAAUUGCUAUGCAGGUUGGUCUGAAACCAUAGCAAUGGCCCUCUUAAUAGCCUUAUAAGAAUUAUGCAAAAAUGUCAAAGGAAACCAUUAUGGAAAACACUGGAAAAUAAACUGUCCAAAAAGGAAAAUAAAAAU